AUGUGGUUUGCUGAAGGAAAUCAGAGUGCUGGAGCCACAUUCACCCUCUUGGGCUUCUCAGAAUAUCCCAAUCUCCAGGUACCCUUGUUCCUGGUUUUCCUCACCAUCUAUGCAGUCACCGUGGUGGGGAACCUGGGCAUGAUCGCCAUCAUCAGGAUCAGUCCCAAACUCCACACCCCCAUGUACUUUUUUCUCAGUCACUUGUCCUUUGUUGAUUUCUGCUAUUCCACCACAGUUACACCCAAACUCUUGGAGAAUUUGGUUAUGGAAGACAGAACCAUCUCUUUCACGGGAUGCAUCAUGCAGUUCUUCUCGGCUUGUAUGUUUGCAGUGGCAGAGGCGUUCAUGUUGGCAGUGAUGGCCUAUCACCAAUUUGUGGCCAUUUGUAAGCCUCUACUCUACCCAGUGGUCAUGUCCCCAAAGCUCUGUGCAUCGUUAGUGGCCAGUCCCUACACGUGGGGUGUAGUCUGCUCCCUGACACUCACCUGUUCUCUCCUGGCGUUAUCCUUCUGUGGGUCUAGCAUCAUAAAUAAUUUCCUCUGUGAGCACUCUGUCAUUGUCUCUGUCUCCUGCUCUGACCCCUUCAUCAGCCAAGUGCUCUGUUUUGCCAUCGCCAUAUUCAAUGAGGUGGGCAGCCUGGCAAUUAUCCUCACUACUUAUUUUCCAUUUUUGCCACUAUCAGAAAAAUGCCCUCUGCUGGGGGGGGGGGGGUGCCAAAAAGCCUUCUCUACUUGUGCCGCCCAUCUGAUCGCCAUCACCAUGUUCCAUGGGACUAUCCUGUUCAUUUAUUGUGUACCCAGGUCCAAAAACUCAUGGCUCAUGGUCAAAGAAAGUUCUGUCUUUUAUACAGUGGUAAGUCCCAUGCUGAACCCUCUGAUCUAUAGCCUCAGAAACAAAGAUGUAAAAGAGAGUGUCAGGAAAUUACUGAAUCACUUAAUACAAUUUGGUUGA